CAAUCUCUAUGCUUCAGCCAUGAGGUUACACACGAGUUCAGCAUGGCAGUCUAUUGCCGUGCUCCUUUUGUUAGGUGGAGCAGCACAAGCUUCAUUGGGUGACAGGUUGCCUGAUUUCAAACAUUGUCUGGAGGUCUGCAAAGCAGCCAAUUGCGGCGAUAACCCGACCCCCAUACCCUUCCACCGCCGCAUCCUCUUCUGGGACUGUCCCGCCGAAUGUGACUAUACCUGCCAACACAUCGUCACUACGAAACGCCUCGCUCGUGACCCACCCUACAUGCAGCCCGUAUACCAAUUCCACGGUAAAUGGCCCUUUUACCGCUUCAUGGGCAUCCAAGAGCCAUUCAGCGUCAUCUUCUCGCUGUUUAACUACCUCGCACACGACUGGGGCAUGACGCAGCUUCGCGAGAAGAUCCCCGCUUCCUACACCCUGCGCAAGUACUACCUGUGGUUUGGAUAUGUGGGUCUGGCGAGCUGGACGUUCAGCAUGAUCUUCCACACCAGGGAUUUCAACAUCACUGAGAAGCUGGACUAUUGGGCAGCAGGUGCGAACGUGUUGUACGGGCUGUACUACGCGCCAAUCAGAGUAUUCCGUCUCGACCGCAACGAGCCCCGCAACCAGAGCGUACUGAGGCUGUGGACGGCGCUGUGCAUACUGCUAUACAUCAUGCACAUCCUGUACCUCUCGCUAUGGAGUUGGGACUACACAUACAACAUGGCUGCAAACAUCGUCGUCGGCACAUUGGCCAACUUGCUCUGGAGUGGAUUCAGUUACGUGCAGUACAAGAGGAUCGGAAGGACAUGGGCGGUGCUGCCUGGUAUCUGCGUGGCGUGGAUUAUCUCAGCGAUGAGCCUGGAGCUCAUGGACUUUGCGCCAUGGAAGGGCAUGAUUGAUGCACACAGCUUGUGGCAUCUGGGCACUGUGGUGCCGACCGUCCUUUGGUACAACUUUCUGAUCAAGGACGCACAGGAAGACAUAGCAGGUACGCGCCUCAAGCAAUGACCUUGCAUUAAUUGCACGACUCCCAAUUCUGCUGCUUACCACGUACCUCUCAGGCAAACUGCCGAUGGCUAAUCGUGGCGCAGACGUACGAAAAGGAAAGGACUAGAUGACCGUGUCGAUUACCGCGUGCAAGAUAACACUCAAUCAAUACAUCAUAUCAUUUCAG